AUGGAUUCGGAAGAAAAUAGAUUAGCUUCUUUCUUUAACAGACAAGAUGGUCUAUCUUGGCCUCACACAGAUGAAUCCCAUCCUUAUUGUACUCCUAAAUUAUUGGCUGCAAAUGGAUUUUAUUUUUUUCCUACAAGCACAGUUCGUGAUAUGUGUCAGUGUCAUUAUUGUGGAAUAAGACUAAGAGAUUGGGAACCAACCGAUAAUGUACAUUCGGAACACAAAAAACAUAAACCAGAUUGCCCUUUCCUAUUGGAAAAUGAUGAUCAAGAUUUAGGUUUUGAUUUGUUUGGAGAUGAAUCAAACACUCACACUCUGCAACCAAAUGCUACAAGCCAACAUAAUUCAAGUAUCAUAGAUAAAGCUAGUUCAAUUAUUUCAGAUGAAAUGAAGUUGAGAGGUCAAUUUGCUUCGGACUUGUUAUUCUCUCUAAUUAACCCACAAAAUGAUUGGAAUUUUGAAAUGGAUUUGGAUUCCCCAAAAACAUUUAAUAUUCCACAAAUUAAAUAA